UCCACCUUUUCACAGAUGCACAGUGCAAUUAUUGAAGGAGAAUGAUACAGAUAAGAUUUGAAUAUCUGCUUUGCAGUUUAUUUACACUCAUCAUGGCAGCAGUUAUGGACACUGGUCUGGCAUCAUCACCAUCAAUGACUUGUGAACCAGAUUGGAUGGGUUUGAAAUUCAAUCUGUUUGCUUUUGAUUUCGAUGGCACUUGUACUCAGAAGGAUACAACAAGCCUCCUUUAUAAGGCAUCGGAAAAGUAUCGAUCAUCUACUCAAGCCGAAAUGAAAACCAUUGAUGAGCGCUGGAUAGAAAUUGGAACAAUUUACUGGCAAGGUCACCAAGAAACAGUCUCCAAGUCAAUGGCUCUUCACACAGAUCCCAAUUCAUUGCCACAUUUUAAUGAAAAAGGUUUGAGAUCAUUUCUUCAAGAGGUGAGCAAAUAUGACAUGGCAAUGAUUAAGAAGGUUGAAGCAAGUGAAAUCCUCAAAGGUAUAUCUAAGGAAGGCAUCAAAGAAAUUGCCAAGGAAGUGAAGUUCAGUCCUGGAUGACUGAAUGUUCUCAAUCACAUCAACUUGCCACUGCAUUUAAUAUCAGUCAACUGGUGUCAGGAGUUGAUCCAGGUCAAUUUAGAUCACCUUAGACAUUUGAACAUUUUUGCAAACAGUUUCCCCCUUGAAGGCGAAUUAUCAUCAGGCCAUGUAGGAAAGAAAGUGACAAGUCCUUUUGACAAGGAAACAAUAUUUCAGGAUUUGGUUCACAAGCUAUCUACUAACAGUUCGAAUGGCAUCUCAGUUUUUGUGGGUGAUUCUAUUGGAGAUAUACUGGCUAUGUUGAAAGCAGAUGUUGGAAUUGUGGUUGGCAAGAGUCAUACCUUAAGGAAGGUGGCAAAAGCAUUCGGAAUUAAGCUCCUUCCUUUGCAGGAAAUUCAAAAGAUGGCAAGGAAUGAAUGCCAGGAAUUUGCCACUCCAAAAGAGAGAGGAGUUCUGUUUGAGGCACCAUCAUGGAAUGAAAUUGGAUUUACUUUGUUUGGGACAAGAUACAUUCCAAAUAAGUUCUAGAAUGUUAAAUUAAAAGUCUUCUUUUCUUUUCAAAGGACAGGAAGGAAAUCAUUGGAAAUCCAUGCUACAGUGGAAUUACAAUGGAAAUGGGCAUUAAAAGAACCAUAUUACACUGUAUUGUGUACCAGAGGACAUGUUGAUUUUAUUAUGAUUCAAUGGUAUUAAGUAGGUUUAAUUAGGAACAGCAUCAGACUGAAAGACAAAGACAGUUAAUAGCUAAUAUGGCUUUGACAAAGCUUCACUAAUUUGUAGUUUUUCUUGGGUACCUAUCAGCUACAACCCUUACAAAAUGGAACUCAUAAGUAAGAUAAACAGGUGACUUUUUCUUGCUCUAUGAAUACCCUGUUUAGCAAAUAGGUGUUGACAAGAGCUAUUAGGUGCUAUUUUAGUUUAACACCAAAUUCUUCCAACUCAUUCAAGAGGAGGUGAAUGGCAGUCAUAAGGGAGAAUCAUGAAUCAGAUCAAGGGAGUUUCAGGCUUAAAAUAGAGCUACAGUUAGUAGCUGUGGUUGAUCACAAGGCAGUUUUCAAAAGCUUCUUGUUUCUUAGAAAAGAUUUCCAGAAAGGUACGGCUCUUUAACAUGACACAAAAACUCCAAUGGGCUUAGAACACAAAUGUUAAAUUAACAAUGGGGGAUUUCCUUAUUUAAGGAGGUAGUUAUGAGAUUACUGCAGAUAUUUAGUGAGGGUUAACUGCAUUAAAUUGGAUGAUUAGAAAAGAAUUGGUGGGCAGUGCACAUGUGUAUAGGUUAAAGAUAAGUAUUGUCAUUUAAUUCCUGGAUUACAUUUUAUUUUGUUGGUGUGAGA